AGAGCAGAACGAGCAGCGGCGCCGCGAGAUGGAGGGCCGGCUGGCGGAGCUUGGCGCCGAGAGGGACGCCCUGGCGGAGCGUGUGCGUGACUUGGGCAAGCAGCUGGACGGCGCGAACGCCCUUUUGUACGAUGCUGCGCGCGCGUGCGACGCACUGGGCGGGGCGGUUGGACUCUCGGCGCCCGAGGGUGACGGUGAAGUUGACGGCGCGCACGUCGCUGACCGCCUCCAGCGUGUGUCUGGAGUCGUGCAGGAGCAGGCAGAGCAGAACGAGCAGCGGCGCCGCGAGAUGGAGGGCCGGCUGGCGGAGCUUGGCGCCGAGAGGGACGCCCUGGCGGAGCGUGUGCGUGACUUGGGCAAGCAGCUGGACGGCGCGAACGCCCUUUUGUACGAUGCUGCGCGCGCGUGCGACGCACUGGGCGGGGCGGUUGGACUCUCGGCGCCCGAGGGUGACGGUGAAGUUGACGGCGCGCACGUCGCUGACCGCCUCCAGCGUGUGUCUGGAGUCGUGCAG